AUGGUUGGGGACCCUUGUUUUAAGGGUCGGAGACACUGGCUACGGACAAAUAGGCAAAUUAACAUAAACCAUUAUGCCAAUAAGAAGAGUGCAGCCGAAAGCAUGUUGGAUAUUGCUUUGCUCAUGGCCAAUGCAUCCCAGCUGAAAGCUGUGAUGGAGCAAGGACCCUCUUUCGGAUUCUAUGCUCCACUGAUCGUUCUCAUCAGCAUCUCACUCGCACUUCAGAUUGUAGUUGGCGUGCUCCUAAUAUUCCUUGUUAAAUAUGACCUUAAUAAUCCUGCAAAGCACGCCAAGCUGAACUUUCUCAAUAACCUUGCCACUGGACUGGUGUUUAUUAUAGUAGUUGUCAAUAUAUUUAUCACUGCUUUUGGAGUUCAGAAGCCGUCUCCCCCAGUACAGAAGGCAUAGAAAGAGACCAACAUUCUUUAAAAUUCUGAAGACAGUUUCUGUAUUUUGUGCCAGUUUCACUUGGACGAAGAAACUCAACAAGCAUGUCUUUCUUUGAGUUGGAUUAUUUACCAGAAAGGCCAUUUUAUAUGCGUUCUUAAUCUUAUAAAAAUGAUGGGCUGCCAUUUGGAGGAAAACUGAAUUUUAUUUGUAGCGUAAGGAGUUGCAACCAAAGAUGCUUGCACUGAACUUUCCACAUAAACCUAUUAGUAUUGCUUCAGGAAAAAAUGCAGUGUAAAUCCUGGAGACUUUCUUAUGACUAUUGGAACUCAGUCCCCGUGCCUUCACAGAAAUGCUGAACCAAGAAUGACAGCAUCUAUAUAUGAAAGCAUGGACUUCACAUAGGUAGGGAAAGACCCAUGUACAUUUCAGCAUUAAAAAUAAUUUUGUCUACAAGACUUUCAAAUCCCAAUGAAUUAUGUAGAUAUAAAACCCAAAUUGUUCAUUAUUUAUAUAAUUUCAUAUGAAUAAUUGUAUCUGGUAGGGUGCUAUGGAUAAGAAGAAAGUGAAUGCCAUCAAUGCAGAAAGUGAUGGUAAUGUUGGGACAAGCAAACAUUUGUUUUGCAAAGACCACUUCCCUUCAACUGGUCACUGAUAGUCAUUCCAAGUGUUCCAAAGAGGUGGGUGUCCAACCUUUUUUUUCCUAAGUAGAAAUAUAUAUUGUACAAUUUUGUAUUAUUUCAUUGAUGCUGUAGUCUGCUUAGAACAACUGUGAUGUGUGAAGCCAUGCCUUAUGACUUGUAAACCAUGGUCUAUGGCUGAGAACAUUUUGUGAACCCAGCCAGUUAUUCAAUAAACUAUGGUUAAUUCAACUAUAGUCUAGCAACUAUAGUCUAGCAUGAUGCAUGACCUUACAGUGUGAACACAUCACAACUUUGUAUAAAGGCAUUAUAAUAUAGAUCAGGGGUGUCAAGCUCAAGGCCGGGGGCCAGAUCCAGCCCAUGGGGUGCUUAGAUCUGCACCCGGUGCUGCCCUGGAAACAUCAAAGGACCGGACCACAGUGUUGUGCCAGUGAAAACAGCUCAGGAGAGCCAUCUGCUGAGUCCCGAGCUCUGUUUUUGCUGGCAGAGGGUUACAGGAGGCCACGACAGUCAAAAAUGGAGUUUGGGAGCCUGCUUUUGCUGGCAGAGUGUUUGGGCCACCACAGGCACCCCCAACAUGAGUGAUGUCGAGCUGGCCAUGCCCACCCUGGCCACGCCUACCCUGGACCCUUGAGGUCAAACACAACCCUGAUGCGGCCCUCAAUGAAAUUGAGUUUGACACCUCUGAUAUAGUUUUGUUUAUUUCUUGCCUCUGGAAUUGUUGUUCAUUAUAGCUUUUCAUCAAUUGUUUAAGAGAGUUUAUUUUUAUAUAGUACUUGAUUUUCUUGCCUGACUAAAACAGAGCAUAAGUCCAAGCUGCAUCCAAAAUGCAAUUUCACACAAUUGCUAGGGGUUGUUUUUGUAUGUGUGUGUACUUGUUUGAGUUCCAUCUACUUUAUUAUAAACGAAGGGAACAAUCAAACGAAGGGAACAAUCAAACACGUGUGUUGUCAUUUGUGACAGAAUAGCAAUUUUAUUCUUAAUUCUUUUCUACUUCCAUAUGCUACACCAUUUUGAGUGUCUUAAACAUCUGCCAACUUUCCAUGUUACAAACAGAAUAAAUACAGAGAUAAUGGGGUCAUUUCACCCUGACACUUAUGAAGAACAGGGAUAUAAAAAGUAUCUCUCUUAUUCCUUUUGUGGUCCAGUCGUUCUGAAAGAAUCCCAAAAUGGUGCUGGAUCUUUUUUUAUUCCUUUUGUGCAUAAUGUCAUAUCUCUCUGUACUCAUUUUGUCCAGUCACUCUUGAUAACAAGAUGGGUGGCAUAUAAAUUUAAUGAAUAAAUAAAUUUCCCAAUAUGGACCAUCCAUGGUGAAUAUUUUCUGCUUUAAUAAGGAUUACUUCUCACUGCAAAAUCUUGAUAGGUCGAUCUUCUUUAUAUUAAGGAUGGCUUGUCAACACUUGAAUAGAGAAAUGCCAAGGUUUUCCCUAUUUUUCCUGCUUCAGUGUCGAAGACUCAUUCUAGAAUGCACCUUAAAGUGUAUACCUCUUCAUGGAUCUUUCCAACACAGUUCAAAAGCCACAGUGCAUUUUUUCUCUGACCUGCACUGCUAGCUUUAAAACUGUAAAGUAGAAAUAGAAAGGCUCAUCCUACGCACAAGAUGAGAAGCAAAUUUUGAUUAUAUCCAAUUUUUCUCAUUAUCAUCCUCUCAUUCUCUCAUUAGCUUUUUAAAAAUCAUUCUACGUAGGAAACAAUAAUUUUUUAAAAAAUCUUUAAAGAACCCAAGUCAGUCAAUUAAACUUUUACAGAAUAUUAUAUAUACUACAUUUUUUUCCUUUCAAAAUAUAGUGAACUUUUUUUCUAAUUUAUCAUUUGUGAGCACAAACCUGAAUUCCAUUUUUAGUUACCUACAGGUAUAAUGUUAUUAAUGUGUUUUAUUUUUUUAUUUUGAUUUGUUAAAUAUAUACACUUUAAAUAUAUAGUAUAUAAUAUAUACUAUUAUAGACACAGGAUAGCAGCCAUUUCCUUUACCAUUUCAGAUGCUGCAUUUUUCUACUAAUAAGAUUAUAAUCAUAAGAUUCUAAAGAAUAAGAUAAUUUUUCUAGCAAGAAAAUAGAGAACAAAAAGGAAAGAAUUUUAUUUGGAUAUCUGUUUUAUUCUCAGUGAAAAUAAUUGGAUUUUAUUAUUAACAAGAAAGGUUUUCUUUUGUUUGGAUAUGAAAAUUGAUCAAAAGUUUGCAGAAUGUCGGUUUACAGCUCCUGCCUUUAUAAAUUGUAUGAGUAGGGUUGCUUCUUCUGCAUAAGAGUCAACUGUGAUUCUGUACAUUCUUGGCAGGAAAUGAAUUACUGAAUUAAGUAGGGCUUGCUUCAGGAAGAGCAGAUAUUUUUCAUAGAUUAUAUUUUUUAAUAAAUUAUAUUAAAAUGCAGUAUAAUCAAAUAAUGUUCUGCUGUUUUUCAUAGUUAAUGUGUGAUAAAAUCUGAUUUUUACUGAAACAGUACAAUUGGUUCAGACACUACAAGUGAGGAGUGUUCUAAAAUAGAAUAUCAAUAAAUGUUACAGAUUUUUGCAAAACAUUUUUACAGCUUACUGAUUUGUUUGCUUGAUGUCAGUAAUGGGGUAAACUAGGGACAGCUGUGAGGGUGGGGUGGGGGUCAAAAAAAUGAAGACAGAAAGGUAUCCAUGACUGCAAUCUUAAGAUUUAUCAUUGAAACUGAUAAAUCUAAAUUAGCUGGUCUCAAUCUGGCAUUUUGUGCAGGGUUUGGAUUAUGGCACAUCAUAAAUAUUUAUAAAAAAUUGUACUAGAGACACAACGUGUCAUGAUUCUGAUUUUCCUAUUCACAGCAGAAACCUGUACUUAAGAUUGUUACUGCAUCUUUUACUGCACUGUUUUCAUUACUUUUCUUUUCAUUGCUGGUCAAUAAAGAGUUUUUAAAGAA